GGGUGGCCGUGGGGACAGCUGGGACACGGGGGUGGAUGGAUAGGUGGAUGGCGGGGACAGUGGUACCCGGGUGUGCGGGAAUGUGAGGGUGGCGGGACAUGGGGACAGCUGGGACACGCGUGUGGGACAGCCACAUCUGGUGGCAGGGGGACAGUGACACGCUGGGGUGGCACACUCGGGAUGUGGGACACGGGGACAGCUGCGACACGGGGUGUGGGACAGCCGCAGGCAGGGGGCUCGGGGUGGCAGGGAGGUGACAAGGACCUCGAGGUGGCAGGGAUGUGGGGACAGCCAUCCUCGGUGACGUGGGGAAUCGGGACACAGGGACAAGGGAAAAGUGUGUGAUAAGGGGACAGCCCCACAUGGGGACACGGCGACAACAGUGAUCCACAGUGCUGUCCACGGCGACAUCUGUGACACGGGGACACGGCCACUCCUUGCUCUCUGUGUCCCCAGACCCCGCCUGACCCUCAUCCCAUCCCCGCUGUCCCCCGCGGACCAUGAACGUGCUGGCCCCGGUGCGCAGGGACCGGGUCAUCGCCGAGCUGCCCGCGUGUUUCCGCAAGGAGGCCGCCCUGCACGCCCGCCCCGCCUUCCACCCCACGGUGGCCGGAGCCUGCCAGGAGCAGCGGACGGGCACCGUGGGGUUCAAGAUCUCCAAGAUCAUCGUGGUGGGCGAUCUCUCGGUGGGGAAAACCUGCCUGAUCAAUCGGUUUUGCAAGGACACUUUUGACAAGAACUACAAGGCGACCAUCGGCGUGGAUUUCGAGAUGGAGCGGUUCGAGGUGCUGGGGGUGCCCUUCAGCCUGCAGCUGUGGGACACGGCCGGCCAGGAGCGCUUCAAGUGCAUCGCUUCCACCUACUACCGAGGAGCACAGGCCAUCGUGAUUGUCUUCGAUGUCAACGACGUGGGGUCCCUGGAGCACACACGGCAGUGGCUGGCUGAUGCCCUGAAGGAGAACGACCCAUCCAACGUGAUCCUCUUCCUGGUGGGCUCCAAGAAGGAUCUGAGCACCCCGGCCCAGUACAGCCUGAUGGAGAAGGAUGCCCUCAAGGUGGCCCAGGAGAUGCAGGCCGAGUACUGGGCUGUGUCCUCGCUCACUGGGGAGAACGUGCGGGAUUUCUUCUUCCGAGUGGCGGCGCUGACCUUUGAGAGCAGCGUGCUGGCCGAGCUGGAGCGCGGCAGCGGCGCCCGCAGCAUCGGCGACACCGGAUCAGCAGCAAGGAGAGCGACCUGUACCUGUCCACGCCCCGCAAGAAACCCAAGUGCUGCCAGUGAGGGACAGCCCCGAGCCCUCUGUGCUCUGGACCAAAGAGGGGCGACCCCAGCCGGCCCCGAGGACAUGUCCCUGCCACCCCUGGCCUGCCUGGGCACCCCUGGCCUGCCUGGGCACCCCCGCUGGGGCACGCAGGAGCACCCGUGUGGCUCCUGUAGCUAUGCAAACCCAGGUACUGCUCGCAGGGGGAGAUGCCUUCAGGCUCCCUUUUGUCUUAAUAAAAUCUUUUUUUAUGCUUUGUAAGAAA